AACUUGUUUCCUCGAGUCCCUUGCUUCUUCCCUAGAGGACCUUAUCCACAGCACAGCCAACACUGAGCGAGCGACUCCGUUUGUCUCGUCGGCGGAAGAACUAAAAUGGCGGGAAGAGCGAUAUAUCCAGUAACUUCAUCUCCAUCCUUGUGCAUACCUUAUUCAGCUGCUUCAUCUUCAUCGAUCUCACUAUCUCGAUUGGCGCUCCCUGUGCGGGUUUCUCCCCGAACCAACAGAUUUCCCAGGAUUAACUGCUCUAUGUCUGCUAACGACAUCAAAGCCGGAACCAAUAUCGAAGUCGAUGGUGCUCCUUGGCGUGUUCUUGAGUUUCUUCAUGUGAAACCAGGGAAAGGUGCGGCAUUUGUGAGGACUAAGAUCAGGAAUUAUGUUAAUGGCAGCACAGUGGAGAGAACGUUUCGUGCUGGGAUUUCUGUCGAGGAAGCUAACAUAUACAAAGAAACCAAACAGUUCACAUACAAAGAUGGGUCUCAGUUUGUUUUCAUGGAUUUGACCACAUACGAAGAAACACGUCUUAACGAAUCUGAUAUGGGUGACAAGACGAAAUGGCUGAAAGAAGGCAUGGAUUGCAUUUUGCUCUAUUGGAAAGACAAGGUUAUCGAUUUCGAUCUACCGAUUACAGUUAAGUUGAAAAUUGUUGACGUUGAUCCUGGCCUUCGCGGUGACACUGCACAAGGUGGAUCAAAGCCAGCGACACUGGAAACAGGUGCAGUAGUUACUGUACCGCUCUUUAUUAACGUAGGUGAAGAGAUAUUGGUGGACACUAGAACCGGUGCAUACAUGAACCGGGCAUGAAGCGGAUCUACACCUAACUUAAGUUGGGUACUAAAUAUGGAGGCAAUGAUAAAUCUUUUUUGCGUGUAUGAGUGAGUAUGUUCGAAAUUCGAAUCCGAGGACAAGUAUUUGUGUUUUUUUUUUUUUGGAACACCCGGAGACAAUUAUUCGAUUACAUAAGAAAUUUGUGUAAGUAUAUUUAAAGUUGAGUAAAAACAGCAAAUUCAUCGUCA